AAUUUUUUUCAAUUAAUUUAAUAUUUAUUUAUUUUGCUAAUUAGUUUUAUAUAUUCAUUUACUUUUUACUUUUACUUUUUUUACUCCUUAUUAUAAAACGGUGACAUUUAAACACAGGAAGGGAACAAACUAUCAGUAAUUGACAUGGAGAAUAAGAUCUGAAUAAGAUGUUGAAUUGUGCAAAUGUAAACGUGAUGUUCUUCUAUGUAACUUUGUUAAUUCUGCCCAAUGAAACAAAUAAACCAUUUGCAUAAAUUCCAAUCUGACCCUGUCUCCUCUGGAAUCGCCACUUUCAUCCCCUGCUGCCAUGCCAUGCCGGGUGACCUAUGUAAAUGAAUGUAAAUUCAAUUUUACUGCAUCUCUCCCCCUCUGAGGCUCAACUUUUCUUUUUUUUUUUUUUAUACUCCGCCUUCCUGUGAAAUGAUCUUUUCUGUUUGUCACAUGUCAUUCUCUCUUCCACGCCCCUUUUAAUUGGAACCCUUUCUAAAAAACACACACAUACCGUAAUUAGCAUUUAAAUCUCUCAGUCGCUCUCCCUCACUUGCUCACUCUCUCGUGGACUAGACAUGUCUCGGUCGCUAAGGCAACCAAUGCUUUUUUUUUUCUCCUCCUCCCUUGCUCUCCCCCCUCUUUUUCCUCUCUCACUGUCUCAUUCCCUCUCUCCACUUGCCAGAGGUAGGCAUGAAAACUGAUAUGUGUCGGACUGUGUGUGUGUGCGCGUGUGUUUGAGUGACAUUUUGGUUGGCAUUUAUGCAGCAGCUGUAGAUAAGAAGUUACUACUACCCGCUCAAAGUGUCAUUUGGACUCGUAUUGGACUAAUGAUGAUUUAUGUGAUGGUGUGUGAGGACCGGACCGGACCGGACCGGGUGAUGAAUGUGUACUUUUAGUGUGUUGAGGUGUUAGAAGUGGUGCAUAAUUGAGCGUUAAACUUCAAUAGCCCAGGGGAGCAUGUAUAUUUAGAGGAGAUUAGAGAGCUGGAAUUGUGCCGCUACUAUCGUUGUUCGCAUCCUUCUGAUCUGGCAAGCCGGACCCUCCCCCUUUGUUUUCCUCCCUCUCUUGCCCCUCGGUCUUAUCUUCCAGAGAUGAUCGGCGUGGUGGUGUCUCAGUGAACAGAGCGAAGCGAUGGAGAGAUGCUUCAUCUCUCCUGUCGCACGACUGACUGCCCUCGUCCUGGUCGCCCUGGUGACGCAGCCCUCCACCUGUAACCGUGACGACGGCGAGGGUGAGGAGCGGGUGGACGCCCUCUCGGUCCAGCUGUCCGUCACCACUCAAGUGACGCCGACCCCUCUCUGGGCGGUGGUGUGGGGCCCCACGCAGCCUCUGGAGGAUGAGACGUACCACUUCCUCUCCAGCCAGGAAACGGAGCACCUGCGUCAGCAAGGGAACCAGCGGGAGGCCAGCUCUGCUGCCGCCACCUCCGAGGACUGGCGCUAUCCUGAUGCCAGCACGCAUCCUCAGGAGGAGUCCUGGAGUCAAGAGGGUGCAGAGGACGGGGGGAUGCAAGCGGAGGGGACAGAGCUGGAGGAAGAAGUGGACCCUCAGUUCUAUGUCACUGUGACCAUCUCCUCGCUGCUCAUCCUGACUGCAAUCAUCAUUACCGCCAAACUCUGGAUCCCGGUGGUGAACCUCUGAGGUGGCUCUUUUUCCAUAUGGUGAAUAUUUCUACGAUUGGAGCGUCAACAUUUUUGUUUUGCCUGCAGCACCAUUUUUAUUUUCUCCGAAACUGUGAAAUGCAUUCAGGGACCAGAGCGCACACUGCUCGGCUACCCUGAGGUCUUUAAAAGAAAAAAAAAAAAACAACCCAAACUCAUCUCGCCGCUUCUCUCCUUCCUUCCUUGUGUUCUAAAUUUCGUCCGUGUGGCUCUCUGCGUCACUGUUACGGCCCCCCGAGCCGUGACAAGCAACUCCACUGCUUGGACCCGCCAUGACUAAUUCACAAACAAACAGUUUAACAGCCGUGCAGCAUCCCAUUUGAGGACCCAAUCUCGCUACCUGUGCUUCCACAUCACUGCUUCCAGUCACACUACUCUGAAACCCAAGAAAAUGACGCCCAAAUUCAUGUUUUGUUGUUUUUUUUUAGGUAAAAAGCCAACAUCAAGCAUCGGCAUCUCCCAAGCAGGACUUUCAUAAAGCUGUUUAGCGGGGCUGCCGCCAACAGGCAAUGUGUUUAACAUGUCACGCUCCAAAUAUGCUCCUUGCUUCAAGCAUGCUGGAUAAAAAUGCAAAUUACGUGUGUGUAUUUUUCCCUCCAGUUUUUCCUCAUGAUUUGUUUCCUUAAUUAUCUGGCAUUCACCUCAUAGCGAGCACCCUUUGUUCACACCGAGGUGUGCGCCCAGCGUUUAUUUCACCGUGCAGAUAAAAUAUUCAAGACGUGAAUAGAUCGUGGUGGAAUUUUUGCCAAGAAGCAACGAAUCCCAAAGGGUUUUUUUUCUUCCUCCUUUUUUUUCUUGUUGACAGUCAAGACAUUCUUGAAAACAAAACCCGCCAUCAUCUGCCUUCGCAUCUAAUCACUGUAUGUCGUCUGUCACCAUGGCACCAAAGGAACUUUUGAAGGAACGUUCAUGUUGUGUCUGUGAGAUUGGCUUCAAAUCUAUUACUCAUAAAUCUAGUCUAUUUUAUCUAUCAGCUCCUAAUGUCUUGUAGAACCUUGCAAAGCCAAAUGUCCAAAGUUUUUGUUUUCUCUGCAACUUUUUCAAAGCAGCUUUAGAGAUGACGGUGAUGGACAAAAGUCUUGAGACGGCGGCCCUGAGUUAAUCAAUCAGAUGACAUUUUGGACGUUUUUGUACUUCCAGCUUUGUGGAAACAGUUUGGAGAAGGCACCUUGUCUGUUCCCAAUGCACAACGUCCGAAAACCUUUGGGAUGAACUAGAACUGAGAUUGUGUGCUAGCCAGGCCCAGCAUUAGCAACUAGGGGUGUCACAAGAUCUCAUGUCACAAGAUUUCUCAUGGGCACUAGUCCUGGGACAAUAAUAAAUAAAUUAACCACACAAUAGGUGAAAAUGAAUUUGACAAUUUUGCCGGCCUCAAUACAUUGCCAUGUGCAUGCGUGUCUCUUUUCCUCUUCCCGGCAGGAAUAGGGUUCACUUUGUGCAUUGGUUUCAACCACUGUGUUCCAUAGAACAACAGCAUGAACGGAGUGAGCCCUUUUGUCAGUCAUACAGUCUCAUUGUCUCGUGGGUACACACAGAGUGCAGGAAAGUGUAACCUAGUAGAAAUUAUAUUAGUAGAUUGCAAUAUAUUGUCAUUGGUAUAUUUUUUGUUUUCUUUGUACUUUUCUUCAAAGUAAAGUUAAAAUCGUGUCUCAACCCGUAGACCUAAUCUCGUGCAUCUUCUCGUCUUGUGAACUGAGUGUCUCGUGACACCCCUAUUAGUAACCCUUACAAAUAUUCUUCUGGAUCAGUGCUUCUCAAACUAGAGUAGACUAGAGUGGUCAGUGUACAGCUGUACUGCAGCAUAUAGUUACUAGCUACUGAAUAUGGAUGUCUCCUCAACACCCAUUAUUAUAGAAAUAACUGGAAACACAAGUGAGUAACAAUACGUCUUGCAGCAGUCAAGCGUGGUGGUGGUAGUGUCCUGGUUUGGGGCUGCAGGAGUGCUGCCGGCACCGGGGAGCUGCGGUUCAAUGAGGGAAAACAUGAAUUCCACCACAUACUGUGACACUGUGAAGCACAGCAUGGUCCUCUCCCUUGGGAAACUACGCCGCAUGGCAGUUUUCCAACAGGAUAAGGAGUCCAAUCACCACCAAGUGCCUUGCUGAGGAAGCUGACGUUGAAGGUGGUGGAGUGAUGAACUGAGCACCUGUGGUGCAUCUUGAAUCGGAAGUAAAGGAGGUGGAGGAGCGCAAGGUGUCUAACAUCCACCAGCCACCAGUGAUGUCAUCGCGGAGGAGUGGAAGAUGAUUCCAGAAACAACCAGUGCAGUUCUGGUGAAUUCCAUGCUCAAGGCAGUGCUGGAAGAUAACAAUGGUACUCCCACUAAAUGUUUACACCAAUGACACAAUUUGGACAUGGUCACAGUGAGGAGUAGUCACUUGUGUUGCCAGCUGUUUAUAGAGGAUAAUGGCUGUGUUUUGACUAAAUCUAUAAUGCAAUAUAAGCUGUACACUAAUUAGUCAAAAGUUUGCUUCCUACAGUAUUGUCCCUUUGAGAUGCGAUAAUAAAACUGUUGCUGAAAUGUGAGGGGUGUACUCACUUGUGUCAGCAACUGUAUGAGUUUAUACCUUAUGAAUAAGAUUUGAUUGCACAGCAUCGAAACUUCUAGUUCACUUCUAGCUAUCAAGCGUAAACAUACAGUACAGUCAUCCCUCGCUAUGUAGCGGUUUGAAUAUCGCUCCCUCGCUAUAUUGUGGUUUUUCCAAAAAUAAUAAAUUAUCGCUGUUUUGUCGUUGACUAUGGCUUAUUGUUAGUAAAAAAAUAUUGAAGUUUUAUGUAAUUCGAAUCUCCGCUUGGGUAUCUCUGUGUGGAGUUUGUAUGUUCUCGUACGUGGGUUUUUUCCGGGUACUCCGGUUUCCUCACACAUUCCAAAAAACCUGCAUGUCAGGUUAAUUGGCGACUCCAAAUUGUCCAUAGGUAUGAAUGUGAGUGUGAAUGGUUGUUUGUCUAUAUGUGCCCUGCGAUUGGCUGGCGACCAGUCCAGGGUGUACCCCGCCUCUCACCCAAAGUCAGCUGGGAUAGGCUCCAACAUACCCCUGCAACUCUGAUGAGGAUAAGAGGCAUAGAAAAUGGAUGUAUGGAAGUUACAUGUAGUAUUUUGGUCACUAGGCAUCAGAAAUGUUAUGAGACUACAUUACCUUUCAUUCUGCAUGGAGACUAGCUACUGCGCCAGCAGAGCCGAGCCGACAUGCCAUGGCAGAGACAGACAUGCCAUGGCAGAGACAGACAUGCCAUGGCAGAGACUGACAUGCCAUGGCUGAGACUGAGUGGGAAAAAAAAGGUUCUCCUCUCAUUCCGUGUGGAAGUGGUACGUUUUUGGCUUCUUUGUCCUUCUUCCUCACUCUGAUUGAAACACUCUAAGUUUAGAGUAAGUAAAUUGGAGAGGCUGACUAGUUAGCUCAGCAGCUUAUUUCACUUAUCACGGUCGGAUCAGGAACCAAUUUACCACAAUAAACAAGGGGUUAUAUGUCACCACCCUUACCACAUAUCCAAACACAAUUGGUCUGCUUAUUUGUCCAACAAUUGAACUUGAACAGUUCAGCCGAGCAAUUAGGAGUUGACCUGGCCUAAAAUCCAAAGAAAAAUAUUGUCCAAAAGUUAAAGAGUUUUACUAUUAGCAACGGUUGCUUGUAUAACUUCUUUACACUUGCAUGACAAUGAACUAUGCUAAAAUGUUACUUAAAACACUAGCAGUUUGAGAGGCAGAAUUGAAAAACUAAAGUAACUCACAGAUCACAGGUGUUCCGAUACUUUUGUCCUUACAGUGUUUGAACCUUUCUUCUACCAACAGGUGUCAUGCUGGUUGUAACAUGCGUGACUUGUGCAAUCUCACAGAUAUUCCAUCUUGUGAUUUUUAGUAAAAAUAAAAAUCCUGUAGGACAAUUAUGGUCUUGCUGUACCAUGCAAGUUCAAUAAAGGCUGUGUUUUAGCUUUGUGCUGU